AUGCCUCAUCUAAACUCGGGUUAUGGAUCUCAGCCGCCAUCGAGCAAGACAUCGAGACACUCACCUACCUCUCCUGAUAUCUUCAAAAUUGCACGAUCACUAUCCAAAAUUGCGUUUCUUUUCCCUACAUCCGUUAGAAUGCAACAUCUCACAGUCAAAAAGGGCUCGUCUUGGCUACAAUUCGACGAUAUCGUUCUAUCUUUGAACCUAGAAUGGUUGGAGAAGACAAUGCUAUUUUCUUUUCAUAACGAUGCCUCUCUGUUACGUAUUGAUGGUUUUCCUUGUUUCCAGAAUGCAAAAAUAUUGAUCAGAGGGGAAAUUCCAUUUGUCAAGUCUGACGUUCUUAUUGACAAUAUGUCUGUAUCUGUUAGUACAAACAAGCUUUCACUCGAUACAGAUAAUGCCGCUAUCUUCUUGAAGAACUUACGGUCCAAAACUUCCCCUGAUUCGGAAUCCGCUGCCCCGAUUGAUACAGUGCCAUCGUCGCAUUCUUCUGUAAAGAUAUCGUCCAUCCUCCAUAAGAUCAGGGUCCUUGACAUAUCAUUUUCCUUUGACAGCCUUAAUAUCAGCACCAAGUAUUCAGAUUUCCUUCUGACAGGUCUUUUUGUUCGAAUCGAUCACAAAUCUCCUGAUGAUUUGGAGUUGAAAGAUUACGCUUCUGGUGACCUUCACAAGCUGACACUUGCAGUGACCACCUUCGAGAUGGCUCCAAGGGCUCUUCUUGAUACCAAGGUUCGUGCAGAAUUCAUCACGAUUGCUAGUGUGAUUAAUAUAGGGGAGACAUGUCGGGCAUUCGAGAAAAUCAAUGACGAAAGUUUAGCCAAAGUGUUUGAAGACGAGGAGGAUUCUUUUCUUGUUAGGAGUGUUUUCACCAUUACCGAAGUAUCUACCACCUCUACGUUGGAUGAUCUGCUGACACUAUUGAUGGCAAAACCAGCCAAAAAAACCAAGACCAAUGAACGAGAAAAGUCUUGUUCAUCUUCUAUUCUCAAAGCCAACCUUCUAACUUUGACCAGGAAGAUAAAGGUAAAGUUUCAGAUUUUGAGCUCCUCACUGUUCCUUCAUCUAUCAGACGACAUCAGACUACAAUUGACAGUUGAUGAUGCUCGUGUGGAUUCAUUAACUAGUGAAGGACCGUCAUUAUUUGAGAGCGAUUGCAACUACAAUGCCAUCAAGCCACUAACUUUUGCGUCUAGAAAUAUUCAACUAAGGGCCAUUGAAGGUACUUUGAAAACUAAGCUUUUAGAGCUUGAUAAGUUUGAUCUUGUUGUGUCCAUUAGUUUGGAGAACUCCAUGCUUUAUAUAGAUGAUGUUCGAAUAGAUGCGAACCAGAUCGAGAUCUUGUUCGAAGAGAUUCGUAUAUUCAAAAAGUUGACUAAAGUUGCACAGACAAUUGACAUCGAUCCAGAACGAUACCAUAGCUCUGAAAACUCAUCAUCAGGCAUUUUGCCGGUUGUCAAGCACUUUCGGAUUCACAUUAGAAGGCUUAGGUUUGCCGCAUGCUUUCAGAAUCCCGUUCAUUUCUACAAUGGUGUGGAUCAGUCGGAUUUGAACAAGUUCGAACGGGGUUUCUCUAUUCAGACACGCGAUAUAUGUGUAUCCACAACUGCUACUGCUGCAACUUUCUCCUUAAGAGAGUUGAAUUGCUACUUGAUUAGAGAUUUCCAUUCCAAAAGGUCUUUGGGCAGAUUGCCACGGAUAGCUAACUUGACUAAGAUAACCAGUAAGUACCAGUUCGAUUCAAAGACAUUGUGUUUAACUUUUCCUAAGAUUGAUAUGUCAAUUUCCAUUGAAGUGGUGUGGUCCAUGCUGUUUGCCAUGAAGGUGAUUCAGGGGGUUAUUCCUAGAAUAAAACCCUCCUCGAAGGUUGUGUCUGAUUCCGUCGCUUCUAAAGAGACAUCUUCCAAAAAGCUUUCCUUGCGUAUUGACCUUUUAAUGCUUAAAUUGUGCCUUCCCUCUGAUAUUGACCUUGCAUUGGAGGUGAGUUCAUUGAUUACAUCUGAGAACGAUGGUAAAUUCAAGGCCGUAAGGUUAUAUGUGACGAAUCCACAUUCUCCUAAAAACUGGAGUCCGCUGGUUGUCCUAACUCGUGGAGUUUUCAAGAAGCCGGGAGAUGUCAUAGAUGUGGCAUUUGACUCUAUGAGGCUUGAAAUGCCUUUCGAAUACGUGUUCUAUGACACCUUUGAUAACGCUAGAGCAUUCCAGAAGUCCUUGGCCCAGUUACGACACAACUUCAAGGACCUCAUGCGUGUUGAUGAUAACGAUAAGAGUUUCAAAGUGGACAUCAUUCCACCUUCUAAAGUGGACAAGCCUCUGGAGUUUCCGAAUAUUUGUAUCCGUGCCAAGGAACUUGAAUUUUGUAUGCAUGACGAUCCAUUCGAGGCCAAGCUCACAAGAUGUUUUCUUUUGGGACAGAUUGAACAGAAGCUUAGAAUUGCCAAACUGAGUAGCUUUAGCAAGUAUGAAAAAGCUAUUCAAGAAAAGCUCCAAGAACGGUAUACAUCAUUGAUAUUUGAAAGGGGUAUUGCCAAUAAACCAAAAUCCGACGAAGUAGCUCUCAAGGAAUACUCUUUGUACUUGAAGGACUGCCACGAAUUCAUUGAACUUCCGAAGGGAAGAUUGCUUGCUAAUUUAAGUGAAUCCUGGAUCAUGCGUUUGGCCAAUGCACGCAAUUUCAACUACGAGGAUGAUGCUCAUAGAAUGAGCGAUCCCCUAGUUCGUAGAGAGUUCUUGGAAAAGUAUCCUUUGAUGGUCUCUGGAGGGAUUCCUCCAUUAUUCAGUCUCAGAAUUAGUGAGUUGAGCCUUAAGCUUGGCAAGCCUUCAUUUGGCUUAGCCAAUUACCCCGAAUUCCUCUAUCAAACUGGCGAUAAAAUCCCAAAGGAUAUGGAAUAUGGUAUAUUGGUUCCUGUCAACGUUGACCUUCAGUGCUCCGAUUUGGAGUUUCAGAUCAAGGACUAUCCACUUCCGUUGUUGGCCUUUGGAGGUUCUUCUACAGACACAGCUAAAUCUAUUCGAAUUUGUGGAGACCUCGCCAUUAUAGAGCAAAUGUACAUUCCGGAAGAAAUUCGAUACAACUUUGUUCCUUUCGUCACCCAGUAUAGCAAUCCUAACCAUACCGACAAUUUGUAUGCGUUCCAUAUCUCCCGUACAAUGACAAACAUUAAGUUUGUGACCGAUUUGGAUGUUCAGGUGGACUCUUCUCGGGCAACGGUUAUUUCUUGGGCCUCGGCAGUACAACCGGCAUUGGUUUAUGCGAUGAACAGUUUUGAUGUCUUCUCCAAACCCCCUAUCGAUAUCAGUUUACCGACUGGUUUUUGGGACAAGAUUCCACUUAUGCUUCAUUGCAAAUGGACCUUCCAUUGCACUAAUGGUAUACAUCUAUUCAUUAAGGCUGGCCAAUCUCCGUACGAUUACAUUGGAAAUUCAGCAGGUUUUCUCUUCAAAUGGGAGGAUAAUGUUGUGCUAAAGAUCAAUAGUACAGGAAAAUCUGAAGAUUUCUUGAUAAUUGAAAGUGAAAAGUUUGAAAUGGCAAUUCCUACGUUCCAUAUUUCAUCCCCAGAGCAACUAAUUUACAGCAGGAGCGGAAGUGGACGGGAAUACUCUGUUCGCAAAACGAUAAUAAGGCUUCAGAACAAACCUGUCACCUGGCGGCUAGGCUUUUCAUUUGAAAGGAAUAGAGACUCGAUGACUUCUGGUCAUGCAGGAUUUGUUCCUCGUUCUUCUGAAUUUAAACCUCAUUACCUUGUGCGCCUCAAAAAUCCAGCUACGUUUAAAAAUGACUCUGAAAGGCGGAAUCACGACUCGUACGAAGGAUGGAGAAGUGAAUACAUUCAUUUAGCCGUGUCUGUUUCCUCCGCUUGCAAUAAUCUCUCACUCGAGACGCAUAAUGCAGCACAUCUUACUCCUCUCUCAUUUUCUCAGUUCUUGCGUUGGUGGAAUACAUUCCAUCAGGGAUUGGGACUUCCAAUCAAGAUGGGAAAAUUGUUUGACACCACAGAUAUGCUUAGUCCCAGAGUGAAAUCACCUAAAUUUGGAGCUCAUUUAUUCUCUAUCAGUUAUCAGCUAUGUGUGAGGCCAGUUUAUCUUGCGCACUUAUAUCGACACACUGUUGACUUACGUGCCAACAGUAAGAUCUCAUACACAGGCAUCAAGUCACUUGUACAGGGAUUACUUAUAGAUUUGCAUCAGAGUAAAACGGGAGUCAUUGGCAGAAAUGAGAACAAUGAGGACGUGAUCAAAGAACUUUGCCUUAAGAUGAGGAAAGGAAUUAUCGAUUUUGAGAACGCAGACUUAAGGAUUAUCACUGCCGAGUUUCACGAAACCUCCGCUGCUGGUAUGCUAGCAAACGAAUAUGGAAUAAAGGGCAACGAAAGCAGUGGAAGAUCAUCGUUUGACGACUUUUCUACCUUCUCAUCGUCGGCAAAUUCCCAAGAUAAUUCCGGUAACGAAUGGUUUGACAAGGAUGAUUUUGUCGAGCUUGAUGUUAUACCAUCGGCUGAGGAUGUUCCAAGAUGGAGAAUGAUUCCAUUGGCAUCAUCUCCACGGUUUUACUACGUAAGAGAUCUUGGUAAAACCAUGUUUGAGUUCCCGUUUGAUGAUGUUCAGAGUAGGACUCACGACUGCCAGCUUACCACGCGGGAUUUUUCAGAAGAGGCUGGAAAUCUUGCUGAAGCUAGAAUAUCCGAACUCAGACAGAUUCUCAAUGAGAAGAGGUCAUUGAAAACCCAUACAGAUAUUGUGAAUGGCCAGAUAAAGGACUUGGAGCAUCGUCUUGUCAAACUAGAAAGCUUGAAAGAGAAGUUUAAAGAGGGAGUUUUCCCACGGCGUGACGAGAUGGAGAAUGAAAGUAUAGUAGAGACCAGACAAAAGAGCCAGAAUGGUGCCAGUACUGAAAAUGAUGGACUUUUCCGGUGUGUGUCGACCACCUCUUCGUAUCUUUCGACUUCUAUCGCUUCUACUGGAAACAUGAAAUCGGAUACUGCAUCGACCUACAGGAAUCGGUUUAUUGUAUAUAAGGUGGAUGUCCUCUGGGAUGAGAAGACGAAGAACAGGUUCCUGAAUUAUGUGGAUAAGGUUUCAGGUCGUCGGUCUUUAGUAUUUAGUAUGAGUCACAAAGCCAUUCGUUUAGCAGAUGAUUUGAGUGCUAUGGAUGAAAGGGGCAGGAGGGAUCUUCCACCUCAAACGAGCGAUUACGAAUCCGAGCUUCAGCAAUCUGCAACAUUGAUAGAGAACUUUGAUGAGAUAUUGCAUGGCACAAAGGGUAUUAGCAAUGCUUUUGUGGAGGAUAGCUACUUGUUGAAGUUCAUAUUUCCUCAGCUCAGAAUUAGUGGUACUGAUAACAGCUGUCUUUCGGCGAUGUCUAACGAGGUGAUCAUAAAACAUUCUACCGUAGGAUCACGUGGUCGCAGUGGUGCAGAUAUUUCUAUCGAGACUAGAAGUGGGAUCACCAUUUCAGAUGCCUAUAUGUAUGUCCUUGAGAAGGAGAAAGCCUUACGAAACGAAUACGAGUUUUUCACGCCAAAUGAUCGAGCCUGGCCCCCCAAACUUCCAUUUGAAAUGUACUAUUCGUCUGAUGCAUUGAGUGAUUAUACUGUGAUAAGGAACUUCACUGCCGGGGCUCUUAUAGUAAAGCCGAACGAGCUUCAUUGCUCGAAAGAGGGGGGAUGCGAUAGUAAGGCGUUGAAGGAGAGCGUUCGGAUUGUUGCUCCAACUGUUCAUAUUACUGCGAAUAGUAGGCAGUACGCUACCAUUUUGGACUGUGCCUUGUCGUUGAUAAAAUUUGAAAAAACAGAGUCUCAAAAGAUGCGGGAAACUGUGAAGAACUUCGUCAAGUUUUCUGAAACGGAGGAUCUUAAUGAUAUAGCCAGUAGGAUCCAGAGUCUACAGCAGGAAGCUCGGCAGUUGGAUAGAUGCAAAGGUAUUUUACGAAUAUCAGACAGCGAUAUUUAUAAAAAGAACAGUACCUCUAUCAACAUUCAGCUAGAGAAGAUAGCUCUAACUUUGAAUGCGUUGGUUGGUUAUUUGCAGCAGACCAAGUCAGUCAAGUACCAAGACUCGUUCGAUGUGAGACAUUUGGUAUUCAGUGCAUUUAGUAUUGAACUAGAGUUAUUAGAUGACGAUGGAUUUACAUUUUUGCAACUCAGCGCAGUUGAUACUUACUAUGGCACUACACAGAGGCCCGAUGGAGCCAGUCAGAACCAGGUUUGCAUUUAUGACUUUAUAGCAUGUGACAAGACCGCGGAUGCCAAGUAUGAUACGGUGAUUUCGAGGUUUCAGAGGACUGAAAAACCGUUGUGUUUUGUAGAUUGGAGCUUACUAGCUCCCGUUGGUGGAAUUACGGUGAUUGAACAUAGAACUAUCGAUAUGGCACCAAUGAGAUUGCAGUUAGACUACAUGCUUGCUCAGAAGAUAUAUAGAUUUGCAUUUCCUAAGAGCUGCAUGGAAAUAGGCUCCAAGGAGCUACUGGAUGGCGAUAAUUCCGAAUCGAACGUGGAAGAUUUGUUUGACGAUGUUUCGCUCACUUCUACGGAUUCAUACAGCUCUGACUUUGUUGGCUCGUCUGCAAGUUCGUCAAUUUUCACGCAAUCGACCGAUGAUCCCGGCAGUGUUGCCCAUAGCUUUGCUAUGAAUAAGGUCAACAACAAUAGCAAUAGUAGCAGCAGCGAUAACGGCGGGGGUAAGAUGCAUAAAAGCUUGAGCAGAAUCUUGAAAAGGUCAAAGACCCGAGCUGUUUCUACACGUAGCAAUUCUUCGUUUGGUGAAUGCAAGAACAGAUUAAAGCUUUCUAAAAAUAAGACUGGAGAAGAGAUGCACGACGAUAAUAUGACGGAGAUGCAGAGACGUGCCAAACUUUACAUGCUUGGAAACUUGAUCACCAUCAAUCCUACAAGUUUAUGUUUAACGUUUAAAGGUAAAGGAAAGCUGAAGAUUAUCAAUGUGACCGAUAUGGUUCUUGAGAUCCCAAAGAUCGAGCUCGAAAACAGAAUCUUAUCCACGGAGGAGCUUCUUGCUCUGUUCCGAAUCAAGGUGCUGAGAAUCGCUUUGAAGAAUAUUCCCGGGUUCAUUCAAGGAAAGUUUAGAAGGAACGAUGGGAAGAAUGAAGGAGAAACUACACUCAGCUCAGUUAUCAAGUCUGUGGGUUCAUUUGCUGACCCUGAUAUGGUAAUAGCAGAAAAUCACUCCCAUCAGCAUCGAAAAUUUCUUGAUCCGGAUUUGCUUGAACCAGAAAUGGAGGAGCCUAGAAGACGAAAUUCGAAAAGUCAUCAUAUUAGCCUCAAGUCUUUACAGAUGAAGGACUGA